GUCCCGCCCGUGGCGCCGCUGGAGGUGCCGCUCGCUCUGCUGCUGGCGGAGCAGCACGGUCUUUCGGCUCCGCCCGGCGCGGGCUCUGGCCCGGCCCCGGCCGAGGCCCCGGCCCCGAAGGAAGCCCCUGCCGCGGUUCCGCCCGCAGCCGCCCCGCUGCCGCCCGGCUCCCGGCCCGCCGCCGACAGCGCUGCCGGCAGCUUCCCCGCUCCGAGCUCCGCCGCUCGCCAGCUCGGCCGCCGGCCCCGAGCCGCCGCAGCCCGGGGCGGCUCGGCAAGCAGCAGCGCGCCGGGCGCUCGGCUGCCCCGGGCACAAGAGCGAGAGCGCGGUGCCGCCCGCACGGGCGGAGAAGCCUCGCCCAGAGCAGCUCUGCCGGGAGGGCCGCUGCUGGGCAGCGGCGGCUGCGGCAGCGUUUACUCCGGGACCCGGUAAGAGACGGGGCCGGGUCGGAGCGGGGCGGCGGGCGGCGAGCUGAGCCCGCCGCUGGCCUUGGCUCGCAGGCGGCCAUCAAGCGAGCGUGCCGGGAGCGCGUCUGGGAGUGGGCGCGGCCGGUGAGGGAGCGGGGCCCGCGGAGGAGCCGGCGGGGCGAGCCGGGCGGGGCUGAGGCGAGGCCCGGCAGGGCGGCAGGCGGAGGGGAGCGAGCGUGGAGAGAGCGGGGCCCGCGCAGCGUGCCGGGCCGGGCAGUGGCGAGCCGCGGCGGGGCCGGGCAGGGGGCCCAAGGCGCGGCGCAGCAUCGGCCCCGCUGUCGGCAUCGCGGUCCCCCCGCAGCACAAGGGCGCCCUUGUGGCCCUGGAGCUGGCGCUGCUGUGGAAGGUGUGGCGGCCCGGCUUCCGCGGCGUGGUGCGGCUCCUGGGCUGGUUCGAGGUGCCCGACGGCUUGGCGCUGGUCAUGGAGCGUGCGGAGCGCAGUCAGGAGCUUUGGCACUUGCUGGAGGAGCGGGGCUUCCUGACGGAGCCCGUGGCGCGGGGGCUGCUCCGCCCGGUGCUGGAGGCCGUGCGGCACCGCAGCAGCCGCGGCGUCUGCACCGCGACAUCAAGGCCGAGAACGUCCUCGUGGACCUGGGCACGGGCCAGGUGAAGCUCAUCGACUUCGGGUGCGGCACGAUCCUCCAGGACACGUUCUACACCCGGAUGUCAGUUUUGCUGAGGCCUUGUUGCUCCUCUGUGACACCCUCCCUUCAGAAUGGCUUCUGGAUUCCCAAAAAGACACCGACACCUCGUCUUUUGCUGAGGGAAAGACUGCAGCCUAACACUGUGAGUAGCCACUGGGGCUGUGCUCAGGCUGGCAAGUGCCCUGGUGUCCCUGCCCCUGUUGUCCAGCAGUACUGGGAAGCUGCAGAGCCCCUGCCCAGCUCUUUGUGCCGUGCUGCUGUUGGUGGGGGCUGUCCUGGUGCAGUAGGGAACACUGUGUGAUGUUUCAGGGACAGCCCAGCGCCUUGCCUGGCUAUGCCACGGGAGCCAAGUGAAACCAAUGUGCAGCUGAAGCCCUCAGCAUGUGCUUCUGUGCCUGCCCUUUGUCACUGGAAUUCCUUCUGUCAGGCUGGGCACUGCCCUGUGCUGCUGUGACCAAGCUGCCCUUGGGCACCUGGGCAUGUGGGGGGGAGAGCUCAAACUCUGCCCAAAGCCUUGAGAGCCACGGCUGGUCCCAGCCAGAAGAGCUCCCAAAGCAGCAGUUCUCUCUCAGCUCCUGGGUGGGCACAGCUCCAGCCCUGCAGGCAGCACUGCAGUCAGGGCCACAAAGGUCCCUUGCUGUCUGGAGCUCACUGGGCUGAAGAUGCCCCAGUGCUGAGGCUCUGGCAAGGAGAUCCCUGUGUUUUCUUCUCUGGAGGGCUCUGUCAGCCCAGACAAAGAAAACAAAUGCUCAUUAACAGAGAGAGGAAAAACUUGGACACAUUCCUGUGCACCUCCCUCUUGGUACAGCUUUUCUUUCUUGCUUCUCUUGGACUCAGCCAGCAGUGCUGUCUCCUGGCUGUGAGUUGUGAGUGUUGUGCAGGGAUGGAGUUGGGGCAGUUCUGAGAGCUCCUUCCCACUCUCUGAAAAGGGCAUUGCCUCAAUGCAGUGAAACGUAAGAGGAAACAAAUGGCCAAAGAGCAGAAAUCCCCAAACAUGUCACAUCAGAUCACAGAGAGUCUAAUGGGACACAGCCAUGUGGUUGGAGUCUGUGUAUUGCACUCUGUAUUAUUAAUUGAUUGGUACUAAGUAUUUCAGCAAGUAACUUCCAGGGCUUCCAGAACUGCCCAAGUGGCUGUGAUUGCAAAUUAUUCACCAGAGCCACUUGCUCAAGAUAAACCUCUCUGAACAAGCACAUUUCUGAGCUUCUUUCUUGCUUAAACUGCAACCCCUUGGACGAGGACACGAGGCUUGACUCCAUUUUCAUCAGAAGGCUGAUUUAUUAUGUUAUAUAUUAUACUAAAAUACUACAUUACAACUAUACUAAAAGAACAGAGAGAAGAAGAUCAGAAGGCUACAAAGACAAGAAUAGAAUAGGAAUGAAUAACAAAAAUCCUGUGACUCUCACAGCCCCGGCACAGGUGGCUGUGAUUGGUCACUGAUUGAAAACAAUCUACAUGAACCAAUGGAAGAUGCACCUGCGGCAUUCCACAGCAGCAGAUAGCCAUUGUUUACAUUUCUUUCCUGAGGCCCUCAGCUCCUCAGGACAGGAAAAAUCCUAGCAGAGGCUUUUUCACUAAAAAUCCUGGCAACAUCUCACCCUUUUAAAUUAUUAAAUUAAAUAGAAAAAGAAAUGUUUGCAAUCUCUUCUACUGGGCCCUUGCAGAAGAGAGAACAAGCACCUCUUGAGGUUCAUCUGUUGCCAAUCAAAAUCUCAAUCAUCUGCUGAUGUGGAAUGGUCAGGGAAAUUCUUCACCUGUAGAACAUUCAGGGAAAUUCUUCACUUAUCAAACAUCAAAUUCUAUCAUAUGACUAAAACAAUCCUAAAAUAUAAGAAAAUGCAAAGACUCAUGCACAGAAAGUUCAUUGUUUCAAGUCCAAGCAGCUGAGUUUCAGGACAGAGUCCAUGGACUGAAGAUGUUCCUUCUUUGACAUCUCUGGAAGUCCCCUUUGGUCCUGAAACAGGCUUGCAGAAUUCUGAAACAAAGAACUGCUAAAGAAAACAAGAAUCAUGAAAAAUCCAUCGACAGUCAUCAAACAAUUCAGAGAAAAUUUCUGGAAUGCCCUGGCCACAGCCCUUCAUUGAACCACUUGGGCUGAGGCUAAUUUUUGGCUUUUCAAUGCUUUUGAGCUGCUAGCUCUUUCCACUUUUCUUUAUUAAUUUUUUUUUUUUUUCAUCAGAAGAAGAGUAGCAGCAGCAGAGGGUCUCUAGGACCCUUCGGUGGCCCUGGUCCUGGUGGGCGGACCAGAGAACCCAGACCUGGCUCACAGAAUGGUGGCCCAGGUCCCUGUGGGGAAAGCAAAGUCCCCAAACCCAGCACUGGACAAGGCAGUGGCCCCGGCCCAGGGAAAUGAGCCACACGGCCCAGAACCAGCCUGUGAGGUGGGCUCUGCAUGCUCAGAACCUGGCAGGACCAUGCUGCCAGUGUCUUCAGAGCAGAAAUGACCCACUGCUUCCUCCCCCCAGCAGCACCAGUGCACACCGGCAGCUCGGGAAGAGAAGCUUUCUCAGGAAUUGUCAUCCCAGAUCUGAGGGUUUCUUGUCCCCAGAGCAAGCGAGCAAUGCUUGCUUUGCUCUGUCUUUCUUGCUCCUGCAAUGAAAAUGCCACUGCUCCUGCUUUCUGCCCCUCGCCACCACCCCCAUCCCCACUGGGCUGGGAACCAGAGGCAGAUGCCACAGGAGCCAACUCCCCCAGGCCGCUGGGGCGCUCGGGGGGAGGCAGGCACCCCAACCCCCAGGGAGAAGCCCCCGACCACACACGAAAUGACCCAGAAACCAUACUGAUUUUGAACACAGCCAGCCGAACUGCUCCUGCAGUCAGCUGGAGGGCCAUGCCCCCUCCACGGAAGGACAGGCUCUUCGCAGGGUCUGAUGCGAAUGACGGGGCUUCAAAAACCUGCGGGACAACUGGGGUGGGUGGUGCGGGCAGCACGGGCGCUGGUGUCGGCUCUUGAGGCGAUCCCGUGGGCUCAACACCAUUCUCGGCAAGCUCUUGCACUGCAAUUGGAUCGGCAGGGAGCGGCGGGACAGGCGGGGGCGGCGGGCUCGGAGCGGGGUCAGCUCGCGCAGGCGCCGCCUGCACCGUUGCGAAUUCCGUUGCCGGCUGGGAUGCAGAGAAAGAAGGCACGGAGGCAGCUCCUGCAGCUCCCGGGGACAGCAGCACAGCCGGGGAAUCACUGUUGUUGAUCGCGUUGCCUGGCAACACGGGCGGAUCGGCGGGAGGCGGUUCCGGGUGCCGCGGCGCAGGCGCAGUCAUCAGGGCCGGCGGAGCGGGCCCGGGCGGCUGCGGGGCCGCGGGCGGAGCCGGCUGAGGCGGAGCCGCGGGGUCCGGCACCUCCCGCGGGGCUGGCUGAGGCGGAGUCGGAUCCGCCCCCUCCCGGGGUGGGGGAAGCGGAGAGUUCCGCGGCGAAGCGGAACUUUUGCUCAGCUGUGGGCAGUGCGGGGGGGCUGCGAACCCGCGGUUCGUCUUCUUUGAGAGGCUCCUCUCGUGCCGAACCUGGUGGGGACAGAACGCGACUGCGCUCCCGAGCCAUGAUGUCCCCCGCAGCCCGUCCCCAUUUCAAGAUAACGCUAUAAAUCAGUACGUGCACUGCAUGCAUCAUUGGGGAUGAAACACGCUGGACUAUUGUCCACCUAAAAAGAGCAUCCAUGAACUCCCAAAAACCUAAAUCAAGGGAGUCUACGACAUUUGUAAUAAAUCUAUGAAAUUUUGCCCAUCUGAAGAACUCAUAACACCGUCUCUCCAACAUACAUUGAGGAAUUCUGUCCCUGCGUCCCCAUCUGCACCAGAGUUUAAUAACUUUCUCCUCUGACGCAGUAAACGGAACCUGAGCUUCCGAAGGUACAUUUUUCCAACUUUCCUCCCACCUUUUGCGAAUGGCAGGAUCUUCAGGAAGGGAAAAAAUAACAGUACCUGUAGACAGUGUCCUUGUGGAUCCAGCUGUGCAGCUCUGCUGCUCUGCGGUCUCUGGACACAAUGUCCAGGAAAGUCCAACAGGUUCUCCUGUUUGCCUUGGCUGUGAACUCUGCCCAUCUCCAGGGUCUCGUUUCUUCAGCUCCAGGCUGGACUCCGUGGUCACUCUUGGGGUGACCAUCAGUUUCACACGUCCAGGGGUCACCAAUUCUUGCUUAAACUGCAACCCCUUGGACGGACACGAGGCUUGACUCCAUUUUCAUCAGAAGGCUGAUUUAUUAUGUUAUAUAUUAUACUAAAAUACUACAUUACGACUAUACUAAAAAGAACAGAGAGAAGAAGAUCAGAAGGCUACAAAGACAAGAAUAGAAUAGGAAUGAAUAACAAAAAUCCUGUGACUCUCACAGCCCCGGCACAGGUGGCUGUGAUCGGUCACUGAUUGAAAACAAUCUACAUGAACCAAUGGAAGAUGCACCUGCGGCAUUCCACAGCAGCAGAUAGCCAUUGUUUACAUUUCUUUCCUGAGGCCCUCAGCUCCUCAGGACAGGAAAAAUCCUAGCAGAGGCUUUUUCACUAAAAAUCCUGGCAACACUUCUUGCUGUUUUUUGUUUUUGUUAUUGUUUUUGGUUUGGUUUUUUGUUUGUUUUUUUUUGUUUCCUUUCAGCUGCUUCCCUCUAAGUUCCAGCAGGAGAAGUUUCUCAGCACAAAGAAGGAGGCCAGCACUGGGGGGAGUAUUCUGCCCAGAACAGGCCCAUGGAUAGACCUGAGCAAGACUGGUCCAAAGCUGCCGUCAGCUGCCCCGAAACAGAGCUUGUUUCAGGUUUCCCCACCAGAGAUGGUGUUUAAGAAUUCGUGGCUCAGGAGGUCUCUGAAAUGGUGCUGUCUGUGACGAAUAAGGACAAGAUUCCUCGGCUGGUGAAGGUGUGCAUGGAGAGCUGCCCUUAUUUCCAGCUGGCGUGCCCCAGGGGUGUGUACCACAAGGUGCCAGCAGGCACCUCUGCCCCUGUGUGCAUCCACUUCAGCCCCGAGGAGAACAAGGAUUAUUCCCACGAGCUCACCUGCAUCACUACAAGGGGAAGGAUAGUGGUGCCAAUUUGGGCCAUUGCUGCCCGAGCUGUCCUGGACUUCCCUGAGCAGCUGGACUUCUCCAGGUGUCCAGUCAAGAGCAGCAGCCAGAAGACUCUGCUGCUCCGCAACUCUGGUAACCUGGAAGCUCAUUUCCAGCUGAGCACCCAGAGUCCUUUCUCCGUGACUCUGGCCACGGGAGCUCUGGGCGCUGGUGGCACCGUGCAGGUGACAGUGGGAUUCCACGCGCUGACGGCCGGUGACCAUUGCGGGUGCCUGGCAGUGUGCUGCAGCACAGGUAAAGAAAGAAUCCACACACACCUCCAUGGAGAAGCUGUGGAUGUCAACGUUGGGUUGAGCACAAAUUCUGUGGAGCUUGACAAGACUUUGAUCACCAUGUCAAGCCACAGAACCGUGUGUGCUCCCCCCAGAGCAGGCCGUGAGAGCAGGCUGCCCCUGCAGCUCAGAGGGGAAGGCCAAGGACCCGUGGUUGAACUCAGCUGUGAUACUCUGGACCUUGGGGACAUUUUUGUCAACACCCCCCAUGUCUGUGAGAUGAGCAGCAGGGCUGGGGAUGGAUGCUGAUGGCUCCUGAGGCAGCAGCAAGCCUGGUGGAGCUGUGGAAUUCCUGCCAAGCUGGGCAGUUGUGAGCAGGGAAUAUUUGAUGUGCUGGUCAAAUCUGGGGGGUCAGAAAGAUGUGUCUGUUGUUCAUGAAGCCUGUCUUGUUUGAAAAGACAGGAGUCUGUGAAGGAAGGCAAAAGCCUCCUGUGAAAUGGAAAAGGUAAACCCCCUCCUUCCGAAUUAUCACAAUUUCAGAAUUAAAAGGGCUCUCAGGCAAAGAUAUGGGAAUGGGAAUAACAGUUUUUUACUAGGAAGAAAAAAAAACUAAAUAACAAUGUAAUUUAGCACAAGCAAAAAACCACUGGCAGAGUGAGAAAAACCUGACACCCUGAGAAGUCAGGGUGUUGAUAGUAGUCCAGCCAGAUGGUGGCUGCUCCUCCUGGAGCGGCGAUCUGCAGAAGGGUGUAGAUCCUUUCUGAAAACGCGGCGAAGGAGCAGCUGGGCCUUGGUUCCUGAUUCCUCUGGGAAAUCCAGCGAAGAAGGCUGUCUGUGGUCUCAGAAAUGCUUGUUUUAUGGUGGCAGGGAUGCUUGGCUCCUCCCUCUGGGUGGAGCAUCUCCCAAUGGGAUGAUGUAACUAAUCUUACCAGCCACAGUGAGUAAUUCAAUAGCCCAUUAGCAGGAGAUUAUCUUCCUGGCAGUGUCAUUGUUCUUGAAAGAGAUAAGAAAAACUGCCUAACCCCCAACAGAUGGCAAAAAUAGAAUACAUGCUUAUUUUACAAGCCAGGACAUUAUCCACCCCUUAUUCUAUUUCCAUCUGUGUCACAAUGAAAUCUUAUACUCAGUUCUCACUUAAGACCAGGUUUCCCUGUGGUACCCAACAGGUUUCCCCAUCUUUCUGCAUUACCCACCAAGUGUAACCAGGUCCUUGAGCAAAAACAAUCCCACGGAUGGGUUUGUCUCUGCCUGAGGUGGGAUUAAUCCAGACAGUUUUCCCUAAAAUACCCUUCAUAUGUACCACAGGGACUUUAUCUCCAUCUACUGUGUGCAAGGGUUCAGACUGGGCAGGGCCAGCUCGAUUAAUGGACCCUCGGCUGUUGACCAUCCAGGUUGCUUUUGACAGGUUAUUUUCCCAGUUUCUAAAUGUUCCCCCACCAAGUGCCUUCAGGGUAGUCUUAAGGAGUCCGUUGCACCGUUCAACUUUGCCAGCAGCUGGAGCAUGAUAGGGGAUAUGAUAUAUCCAUUCGAUACCGUGUUCUCUGGCCCAGGUGUUGAUAAGGCCGUUCUUGAAAUGGGUGCCGUUGUCAGAUUCAAUCCUUUCAGGUGUGCCAUGUCUCCAUAGGACUUGCUUUUCCAGGCCUAAGAUGGUGUUCCAGGCAGUGGCAUGAGGUACAGGGUAGGUCUCUAGCCAUCCAGUGGUGGCUUCCACCAUGGUCAGCACGUAGCGCUUGCCUUGGCAUGUCUGGGGCAGUGUGAUGUAGUCAAUCUGCCAGGCCUCCCCAUACUUGUACUUGGACCAUCGCCCCCCAUACCACAGGGGCUUUACCCGCUUGGCCUGUUUGAUGGCAGCACAUGUCUCACAGUCGUGGAUAACCUGAGAAAUACUGUCCAUGGUUAGAUCCACCCCUCGGUCUCAUGCCCACUUGUAGGUGGCAUCUCUGCCCUGAUGACCCGAGGCAUCGUGAGCCCAUCGAGCCAGGAACAACUCCCCCUUAUGGUGCCAAUCUAAGUCUAUCUUUGACACUUCUAUUCUCGCUGCCUGAUCUACCUGCUCGUUGUUUCGGUGUUCCUCAUUAGCCCGACUUUUGGGGACAUGGGCAUCUACAUGACGGACUUUCACCGUUAGUUUCUCCACCCGAGAGGCAAUGUCUUUCCAUAUAUCAGCAGCCCAGAUUAGUUUUCCUUUACGUUGCCAGUUGGCUUUUCUCCACCUUCCCAGCCAGCCCCAUAGAGCAUUGGCUACCAUCCAUGAAUCAGUAUAAAGGUAGAGCUUUGGCCACCUCUCCCUUUCAGCAAUGUCCAGGGCCAGCUGAACGGCCUUGAGUUCAGCAAGUUGGCUCGAUCCACCUUCUCCUUCGGUAGCUUGUGCAACCUGUUGUGUGGGGCUCCAUACGGCUGCUUUCCACUUCCGGUUCAUCCCUACGAUGCGACAAGAACCGUCAGUGAAAAGAGCGUAACGUGUUUCCUCUGCUGGUAGUUGGUUAUAGGAUGGAGCUUCUUCAGCUCUUGUCGCUUGUACCUGCUCCUCAUCGUCAGUGAGACUAAAGUUUUCACCUUCUGGCCAGUUCGUAAUUAUCUCUAAAAUCCCAGGGCGAUUCAGGUUUCCAAUACGGGCGCGCUGGGUGAUGAGGGCAAUCCAUUUGCUCCAUGUGGCGUCGGUGGCGUGGUGGGUAGUAGGAACCUUUCCUUUGAACAUCCACCCCAGCACUGGUAGUCGGGGUGCCAGGAGGAGUUGUGCUUCCGUGCCAGUCACCUCCGAGGUGGCUUGAACUCCUUCAUAGGCAGCCAAGAUUUCCUUCUCUGUUGGGGUGUAGUUGGCUUCGGACCCUUUGAAACUUCGGCUCCAGAAUCCCAAUGGUCGACCUCGAGUCUCACCAGGCACCUUCUGCCAAAGGCUCCAGGACAAACCAUUGUUCCCGGCUGCAGAGUAGAGCACAUUUUUGACUUCCGGUCCCGUUCUGACUGGGCCAAGGGCUACAGCAUGAGCGAUCUCCUGCUUGAUCUGGGUGAAGGCUUGUUGCUGCUCAGGGCCCCAGUGGAAAUCGUUCUUUUUGCAGGUAACCAGGUAAAGAGGGCUCACAAUCUGGCUAUACUCGGGAAUGUGCAUCCUCCAAAAACCUAUGGCACCUAGGAAAGCUUGUGUUUCCUUCUUGCUGGUUGGUGGGGACAUAGCGGUGAUCUUGUUGAUGACCUCAGUGGGAAUCUGGCGCCGUCCGUCUUGCCAUUUCACUCCCAGGAACUGGAUUUCUCGGGCAGGUCCCUUGACUUUGCUCUUCUUGAUGGCGAAGCCAGAUUCUAGCAGUAUGUGGAUGAUCCUCUUACCUUUCUCAAACACUUCUGCCGCUGUGUUCCCCCCACAAUGAUGUCAUCGAUGUACUGCAGGUGUUCUGGAGCCUCACCCUUUUCUAGUGCAGUCUGGAUCAGUCCAUGGCAGAUAGUGGGACUGUGUUUCUACCCCUGGGGCAGUCGGUUCCAGGUGUACUGCACGCCCCUCCAGGUGAAAGCAAACUGAGGCCUGCAUUCUGCUGCCAGAGGAAUGGAGAAAAACGCAUUAGCAAUAUCAAUAGUGGCAAACCACUUCGCUGCCUUGGACUCCAGCUUGUACUGGAGUUCCAGCAUAUCCGGUACAGUGGCGCUCAGCGGUGGAGUCACUUCAUUCAAGGCACGAUAGUCCACAGUCAAUCUCCAUUCUCUGUCAGAUUUGCGCACAGGCCAGAUGGGGCUGUUGAAGGGUGAGUGGGUUUUGCUGACCACCCCUUGGCUCUCCAGCUCACGAAUCAUUCUGUGGAUGGGGAUCACGGCAUCUCGAUCCGUCUGAUACUGCCGGCGGUGCACUGUCGAGGUCGCAAUUGGCACGAGUUGCUCUUCCACCCUCAGGAGUCCUACUGCAGACGGGUUUUCUGACAGUCCAGGCAAGGUGUUCAAUUGCUUAAUGUCCCCUGCCUCUACAGCAGCUAUGCCAAAAGCCCACCUGAGUCCCUUUGGGUCUUUGUAAUAGUUGUUCCGGAGGAAGUCUAUGCCCAGAAUACACGGGGCCUCUGGGCCAGUCACUAUAGGAUGUUUCUGCCACUCCUUCCCAGUCAGGCUCACCUCGGCUUCCACCAGGGUCAAUUGCUGUGAUCCCCCUGUCACACCAGCAAUAGAAACAGGCUCUGCCCCCACAUGUCCCGAUGGUAUCAGGGUACACUGCGCACCAGUAUCAACUAGGGCAUCGUAUUUUUGUGGCUCUGAUGUGCCAGGCCAUCGGAUCCACACCGUCCAGAAGAUCCGGUUUUCCCUGGCCUCUCCCUGGCUAGAGGCAGGGCCCCUCUAACACUGGUUAUUAUUCCUCUCCUGGGUAUACAUACUAGAGGUCCCUUCAAGGGGAUCUGACAGAUCGUACCCAAAAGCUUGGUCAUGGGAGGUUGAGGCUACCUUCACCUUGGUGGAACUCCCCCGGUUAGAGUUUCCCUCCUUGAGUUGACGGACCCGUGCUGCCAGGACAGAAGUGGGUUUCCCAUCCUACCUCCCCAUGUCUUCCCCGUGGUCACGCAGGAAGAACCACAGAUUAGCCCUUGAGGUGUACCCUCUCUCUCUAGCUGGGGAAUGUUGGGCUCUGACUUUGGGGCCUGUGACUCGUACGGGUGCUGCAUUAACCUUCCUCAUUUCCUCCCUCAUCUCUUCUUUGAACUCCUUAAUCACAGCUGAGAUAUGAGCCUGCAUUGGGCCAUUAAUCAUACUCUCGUAAUUCCUAAGUUUGUUGGCAACAGAGCCCACUGUCUCUCGGUUAGUGUCAGCAUCAAUUGUUGCAAUGAAAGUGGUGUACUGAGAUGGCCCCAGAUUUGCCAGACUCCACAGCAUUUGCCCUGUGCACCUGACCUUGUCGGGGUCAUUAUUAUGUUGUCCAUCCCUCCCAAAGAGUACCUCUAAUACUGCCACUUCCCUUAACUGUUGGAUCCCUUCCUCCAGGGUCUUCCAACGCAUUCUAUGGUGGUGCUCCUGCAUUCUCUCCCUGUGGACAAACCUCUCUCUGACACUCAUUAAAAGCCGCUCCCAGAGAGAAAGGGAUCCUGGCUCCCUUACAAAAAUCUGAUUCAUACCUGAGUCCUGGGUUAAGGGUCCCAAGUUCCUUGCCUCACCACCGUCCAGCUGCACGCCUGUACCCAUAAGGUCCCAGACCCGGAGUAGCCAGGUAGUAUAAGCCUCACGCCCUCGUCGCACAAUGUCUUUGUGCAGAUUACGGAGACUUUUGUACGUCAGGGACUCAGUGAUGAUCGCAACUUCUGGCUCCCCUGUGGGUUGUGAGGUUCCUCCAUUCCUAUCUCUAUCUGGGUGCUCUGCUUUCAUCUUAGACCUCCUUGUUUCUACCGGGGCAACUGCUGCUGGCUGUGACUGCCUUUGUGGUUCAGCUGGAACCUGGACAGUUGUAACAUUUGUGGGUUCCACAGCUGUACUAUUAGACUGUCCCUCUUCAAGGCAAAGGGCGGGUUUCUCACCAGCUGGUGAAAUGCACUCCUUCAGCAUCUCUUGCAUCUCCUGCAUCUCCUUAACCAGCACCCUCACCCAAUCUGGGUGGUUUGUUUCUGAGGCAGGCUGUGGGGCAGGGUCAGGCUCUGGAGCAGCAGCAUCUCCAGUCUCUGGGGUAGUGUCAGGCUCUGGAGCAGCAUCCCUAGUCUCUGGUGUAGAUGUCAGGGUAGUUAUCCAGGUUAAUCUUCUCUUAUCUCUGAGUGCUAAACAUAACAGGCAUAUCAGCAACACCACCCAUUGUAUGAUAUCAUUAGCACUUAGAGUGGAUCUUAACCCUUCGAAAACUGAUGGAGCAGACCCAAAAAGAUGGUUAAAAGGUUGGGAGAAAGUUUCCCCCCGUGUCAUUUCCUCACAGUAGGUACCAUUAUUAAAGUAACUCCAAAAACAUGCAGUUAGUGUGUGAUAGCUCUGAAUCCAUGUACCUGCCAUCCAGAGGAAAUUAAAGAUCCAUGAAUCCUUCACCCAGAGGACAAACUUGAUAACAGACACAGUGGCCUUAGUUAUAGGACACAUAUUUAGAUAAGGGCCUGUAAAUGGGAAGUAUACACUUGCGACCACAUGCCACCCAAACCAGGGAAAACUAGACCACAUGGUGGUACUUAAAAAUUAAACUACCUAAGAACUGUUAAUCCCUUUUUUUCUCAAUGCCCUCGAGACCCACGUUGGGCGCCAAAAUCUGUCUUGGUUUGAAAAGACAGGAGUCUGUGAAGGAAGGCAAAAGCCUCCUGUGAAAUGGAAAAGGUAAACCCCCUCCUUCCGAAUUAUCACAAUUUCAGAAUUAAAAGGGCUCUCAGGCAAAGAUAUGGGAAUGGGAAUAACAGUUUUUUACUAGGAAGAAAGAAAAACUAAAUAACAAUGUAAUUUAGCACAAGCAAAAAACCACUGGCAGAGUGAGAAAAACCUGACACCCUGAGAAGUCAGGGUGUUGAUAGUAGUCCAGCCAGAUGGUGGCUGCUCCUCCUGGAGCGGCGAUCUGCAGAAGGGUGUAGAUCCUUUCUGAAAACGCGGCGAAGGAGCAGCUGGGCCUUGGUUCCUGAUUCCUCUGGGAAAUCCAGCGAAGAAGGCUGUCUGUGGUCUCAGAAAUGCUUGUUUUAUGGUGGCAGGGAUGCUUGGCUCCUCCCUCUGGGUGGAGCAUCUCCCAAUGGGAUGAUGUAACUAAUCUUACCAGCCACAGUGAGUAAUUCAAUAGCCCAUUAGCAGGAGAUUAUCUUCCUGGCAGUGUCAUUAUUCUUGAAAGAGAUAAGAAAAAAACUGCCUAACCCCCAACAGAUGGCAAAAAUAGAAUACAUGCUUAUUUUACAAGCCAGGACAACAUGACAGCCCCAAAGUCUCUGUGGCGUGUCAGAAAGCUCAGGAAUGAACCUGCAGGGCUUGGAUAAACAUCAUUGGUGUGCGUCCCCCAGAGCACAAGCAGCCCCCCAACAAGACUUCAAAGCUGAGGGACAAAGCUUCCCCCUUCAGCUCUCCACAGCAGCUCCAGGGAGUCUCUCUCCAUUGCAAGGUCUCCUUUGUCAGUCUACAGUGACAAAAGGUGCCUGCAAGAGGCAUUUGCAUUGGAACUCUCCCCAGAUGGGUGGAGGAAGAGGUGAUUCCUGAGGAAAGCAAAGUGCAUCACCAUCUGGGAAGACACCAGCAUGAGUUCCCCACAACUCUAGGCCAUUAAUUGGUGCCCAAAAAGUAGGUAAUAAAACAGUGCUCCAUAGUGUGGGGCCCAUAGGGCAGGUAUUUGUUUGUUCAUCACCAGCAGUGAGGGGGAAGCUCCACCACAAAAUCAUUCGCCCGUUCUUCACACAGUACUAGUUUUAUACUUUUUUUUACUUCAUGGGCACAUUAUACUUUCCUAACCUUCAUCUCAUAGCAUAUUUUCUAAUUACAUGAUUAAAAAGCCCUCAUGGCACACUUGCAGUUUCUGCACAAGGUGGUCAUCACUCUUCUGCUGGUCAUUUUGGAUGAAGGCUCAGAAGGCUUCCUCAGGCAUGAACUUCUCACCUAUCAUUUCUGCACAGUCUACAAGACUGUCUGCUCAAAUAGCCAGUGGUUACCAUUUGCGGUUAGCUUGUUCUGCUAAAUUUGCUGAUUUCUAGAGAGUGCCUCAUUCGCAUCCCCUGCUACAAAAUAAAUGCUUCUUUCAGCACAGCUACAGCUUUUAGCAUAACUCAAGAAUUUCCUCAUUGCCUCGGCACCAAAAAAAAAGUGAAGUAGGAGGGGGCAAACCAGGGAGGGUGAUGGGGCAACAUUAUCUUAUUGCCCAGGCAUUCCUUGGGUAAAGCAACAUCCAUCCAUGGGCCAGCACUUUAGCUUGGAUGACAAUGCGGACAAAAUUGCUGCCCCUUCCUGCUGCUGUAGCUGACUCCAAAUCACGAGAAAUGUGCCAACUCUGCCAAAGACUGGCAGACAUGGUGAGAUAAAAAGAGCUAGUCUGCUGAAAAGGAGACCAAAUGAAUGUUUUCUAAUGCCCCCUUUUCAUCCUUUCCCCAGCCAAGCCAGAGCAAUGUCCUUCCUCCCUGUCACCAAUGGUGACCCAGGCACGGGAUGCAGCGUGGGGACAGAGCCCGCCGCUGCUCUCAGUGCCCUGCCUUGCCCUUCCCUGCCUGCCUUGCCUGCUGAGUCCUGCCCUGCCCUUCCCUGCCUGCCUUGCCUGCUGAGUCCUGCCCUGCCCUUCCCUGCCAUGCCGUGCGGUGCCCGGCCAGCCCCAGGAGCCACCCUGCCAAGCUGUGGCGCCUGGUGAACAGCCCCCGGGUCCGCUCCGUGCGCUGGGACAGCCGGGCCCAGGGGCUGCUCGUCGACCGCUCCCUCUUCGAGCGGGAGCUGCUCGGCCCGGGCCCCGCCUGCAGGGGCGGUGGCGCUGGGGCGGGGCCGGUGCCGCGCCCCUUCAGGGCCGCGCAGUUCCGCAGCUUCGUCCACCAGCUCUACCGCUACGGCUUCCGCAAGGUGCCGGGCUGGCUCGGCGCGGCUGCACCGGACGAUGCCGGGGGCUGGCUGCACUACAGCAGCCCCUGCUUCCGCCGCGACCGCCCCGACCUCCUGCUCCGCGUCAAGAGAGCAGGGAAUAAACCUGACCUGGUAGGAGUUGCGUCACCAAGCUGGGUGUCCCAAUUUUGUGCUGAUGUCCAUGGAUAAAUUUGCUGCAGGAUGACAGGGGAGGCCAGGCUGAGCGACUCUUGAAGGAACAGGGGAAAAAAAGAGAAGUAAGGACUCAGGGUAGAAGUCCAAAUCACUGCCUAAAAGUAGUACCAGUCUGCUGGUAUCAGUCCUGACCCACAAGCCAAACAAGGAGCAGAGCAUCAGAGGCCAACCGAUUGAAAAAUCACAGUAAAUCCAGUAAAAAAAGGAGAAGCUUGAAUGAGCCCUGAUUAGCGAGACCUAAGAGGACAGAGGGAGCACUUUGGAUCCGUUCCUUAGCCAAGCUGGUGCAGCCUGCAGGCCUCGUGGGGAGCUCUGUCCCUCCCAGCUCUUCCUGCCAGAGCUGAUGCUAGAGUUGGAGCAGCUGCUGCUCGCUGCAGACGGCACUUUGUAGAUGCCAGGUAAUGGAGCUGGUUCAUGACUCAGCUGCCAGCAGCCCUGAGCUUCAGCUAUUUCAGUGGGGACUGAGGUCUCUCUGUCAGCACAGAGAAAGAACAAGGCUGGGCUUCUUUGUGGCAGCUGGGGCUGUCUGUGUUUCAAGCUCUCGUGGGUGCCCUUUGCACUACGAGGGCUGAGAUUUUAUUGAGAUACUUCAGUGUUUGGAAACACGCUUCUGAAUACUUGGAAUGAUCCCUGUUCUUUGAAGAGCAGGCUUCAACUUGCCAAGUUAGAGUCUGCCUUUCAGGCCAUCUCUGACAGUCCCUGGUAGAAGGACAAUUGCUGCCCAAGGGAAAGGUGCACAGAGGCCAAUACUGACUCAGUGUUCCCUUAGCUUCCCAGAUGCCAUCUGACCAACAUCUCCAGGAGGGCUGCCCUGCAUGGCAGGAAGAGACAGAGGAGAGCCUGUGACCAUUGGACAGGUAGACUUCCUCUGUUUGUAGAUAUAUUUAGAGAUUUCUUUGGUUCCAUUUAUCAAUGCUUAUAGUUCCAUUUAUGUAUUAUAGUGUUCUGUUUAUAUGUCCAUAUAUUUAUAAAUCUGUAUAGUUAAAUGUGGAUAUGUAUAGAGUUUCAGAAGUGAUAUAAUUAUAUUUCUAUAUAUGUAAUUAUAUUUAUAGAUUUUCAAAGUUAAAUUUACAUAUAAGUAGAGUAAAAAAUAUAUAUAUGUAUGAAGUUAUAUUUAUAAAUGCGCACAGUUAUCUAGUAAGAGGAAUAUGAGUGUUUUACUGAAUAGAUUGAUGUUUGUGUAGGUCUAGGAUGCAUUUUUUACUUCUUUCCCCCAUGGCUGCCUUUUUCACCUCUUGCUUUUCCCCCUGUGCCCGCUCUGUCCCCUCUCCCUGGGCUGGGUCCAAGCUGGCGGCCGGGCCGGGCGCAGCAGCAGCUCCAGCCCCGGGUGUCCCUGGAGCGCUGGGAGCUGCCAGUGGCCCCAGGCACUGUCCCCUGAGGAGCUGCUGAAGGACGAGCCUCCACUUUUGCCACAGCUGUAAGGAAGACUACGAGGACAGCCGGAGACUGCCAGGAGCCAGCAGGGAGAAGCUGAGUGCCAGCAGCAGGAGCAGUGAGCAGGACCCUGCUGCUGCCAGCCUGGAGAGAGCCCGGAUGUCCCAUCUGCUCUCCGUGUCCAGGAGAUCUGCCAAACUUCGUCUGCAGGAUCAGAAGAACUGGUGUCCUUUGGCCACCUCCAGUUCCCACUGAAGAUGGGAGCACCUGCAGAGCAGAGGGGACCAGCUGCAGCUCCAGGCCCAGCUCUUGCUGGUCACGGCUGAGUCUGUGACAAGCUCCAGGAGCUGCUGCCAUCUCCCUCCCUGUUGGCAGCUCCCUCCCUCCAGCCCACAGGCCCUGCCCAUCCCCUUUAUUCCCUCCCAGCUCACCCCUUCGCUUUGCCUUCCCUUAUUAAACAGUUUGUCUUUUUCA